UUUUAAACUUGAUCCAAAGUUGAAGGUCGGGUUAUGGUGGCUAAUGUGUUGUCCUAUUCAAGGUUUACAUAAAUAUAGAUGUAUGAAAACUGCACGUAAAGUUCGUCUGCUAUAGGAAUUACAAUUCUGUUUAUACUUGGCACCAACAAGGAGAAGAUGACGUUCAACCGCACCCGUGCCCUGAUUUCUACCAACUGGUUAAGAGAACAGAUACAUCAAACUACUAAAAAUGGUUCGUUGAGGAUUUUAGAAACUUCUUGGCAUCCAGAUCCAAAUAGAGAUGUGUAUAAAGAGCAUUAUUUACAAAGUCACAUACCGUCCUCUCAGUAUUUUGAUAUAACUAAAUGUGCUACAAGAACACAGUAUAUGAAGAGGAAUGUACCCGAUUUAAAUUGUUUUACUGAUUAUGUACAAGGCCUUGGUGUCAAUAAUAAUACACAUAUUAUAGCUUAUGAUAGAUUUAAUACACUCUCUUCUGUUAGAACAUGGUGGAUAUUUAGGUAUUUUGGCCAUGGAAAAGUUUCUGUUUUAGAUGGUGGUUUUAAAAAAUGGUUAGCAGACGGAUUUGAAGUCACAGACGAAGAGCCAACAUUCAAAAGGGGUAAUUUCACUGGUAGCUGUGAUACAACGUUAUAUAGAGACUAUGAAGCCAUGUGUGAUAAUAUAAAGAGUAAAAAAGAACAAGUUAUCGAUGCUAGAAAUAGUGAAAGUUUUCGAGGAGAAGAUGAUCCCGGACCAGAAGUAAAGAAAGGUCAUAUGUUAGGGGCUAAAAAUAUUCCAUUCAGUACUUUGUUUAAUGAUGACGGCACUUUUAAAUCUGAACGGGAAUUAAAAUCACUAUUUAACGCAGCAGCUGUAGAUCUUGGUAAACCAGUUACCGCCAUGUGUGAAACGGGAUUAACAGCCUGUGGUCUGGCACUAGCUGGGAAUUUAUUAGGAAAGGAAACUAUUCCAGUUUAUGCCGGUUCAAUGCAUGAAUGGGGUCAAAAGGCACCAAUUGAACUGUGUGUAACAGGAAAAUCGUGAGGUUACGAUUAGGUGUUGAUAAGAAAUAAAAAAGAUUAAGUAGUCAUAUGAUAACAAAUUGUUUUUCUCAGUGGAUCCAGUCCAAAUUGUCUCUGCUUCGAUUACCACAGAUUUUCGUUGUAGUUCAAGGGAUAACAUUUUGGACUGAAUCAGAUGAGGCUAAAAAUAUGAGAUUUGAGACUAUUAUAUAGCUUUGCCAGGACUUGAGCUUUCAAAUAUGAAAUGAGCAGAUGAUUAAAUGGAAUUUGUCAUUUUUAUGAAACAUGUUUAUUUUCAUCAUUUAUGGAAAAUGGCAAAAUAACAUUCAUUAAUUUGUAGAAACAAGUAACAUAGAAAACUACAAAAUCUAUUUUAAUAAAGUAGAGAUUUAUUUUCUAAAAUCUGCAAUAGCAGGCUAUUAUAUAAUUGAAAAUGCAGCUAUAGACUACUUUUGACUGAACCUGCCAAAAGCACCGAACCUUGUAUAAUUAAAUUAUAUGUAAAUAUCAGUCUAAGAGAUUUUUUUUUCUUUUUCUUUUUUUAAUAUCAAUUGAAUUGUAUAAUUUGUGUUAAUUUACUAGUCUAAUAAAUAUAAUCUGUUAUUAAACAUGCAAGAGCAAAAUCUGCUUAUUACAAGUCUUUCUUUAGGCCUGAAAUGUUAUCUAAAUUAUCAAUUAGACAUUAAUUAACUUAUCCAGACCAUAAUAAACUCUCGAUGUCAAGGCUAGCUUUCGAUGUAGGCUGGAUUAGAUUCCUAUAUGCUGCUAACGGCCAAAGAUAAUUAAAUCAGAAAAAGUGGAUAAUCGAGACUAUGCUGUUUAUAUUAAUGAUUUUAGUAAUGAUAACCAAGACUAUGCAAAAAUUUCACCGGCUUCUUUCUCGGCUCAUAGUGGAUCAAUUUGACUGAAAUUUUCAGCAAAUUACCUUUACACUAUCUAGUUUUUAACUAUUAUAGCGAGAACUGCCAUCUCUUUAUCUUAUCUCCCAUAAUGUAUCUUUAAUAUAAGCAAGGUGCCUUUUUUUGGAGGCAGUGUGGUUGACAAAAUAUUGAAUAGAUUCCUAGUUAUUCUGUAUCUUUUUGCUACUAUGAGAUAUCACUGUGCAAUAUUAUUUGAUUUUGUACUGGAAUUUCUUAGCACUAACUUUGGUUUUUGGCCAAUGAAAAAGCCUGCAUUCUAAAAAUAAUUUAGUUAAAGGGGCAUUAUAUAAGAUUCAGAUAAAGAGCUGACAGUUCUGCUAUAAUAGUUAAGAAAUAGAUAAUGUAAAGGGAAUAUGCAGAAAAGUUUAGUCAAAUUACUUCACUCUUGAGCCGAGAAAUUCUCAUUGUCAUUCUUACCGUUGUUAGUAUAAUAAACAAAGUCUCGAUUAUCCAUUUUUAAGUUAAUCCUCAUCAGUCGUUGAACCGCCCGCAUAUCGGAUUCAAAUCUGUUUAAAAUCGGACCCAUCUGAUGGCAUCGAAGAUCGAUUUUUUAUGGUCUUGUCAUAUUAACAAAUUUAUAAUUAAUAGUUUAUAUAUAACAUUUAAGGUCUAAAGAAAGACCUGCAAUAGGCAGAUUUAGCUAUUAAUGCCUGUUUAAGUUGAUGAUUUUGGUAUGAUUACCUAAGCAAUGUUUGUGAUAAGAAUGUUUCUGUUUCUGCUAAGACUUCUGUAAAUUCCAACUGCCAAGGGAUCUUUUAAAUGCAACACCAAUCGUAUUUUGUCCAUCAGUUAGAUAACCCCAGUUUCUAAAGAUAAGCUCUUUUUCUAAAGAUGAUUUCUUGUUUCGUUAUGCAAGUUCAUUAGACUUCAGUAUUUAACAGCACAAAGACACCCUCUGUAUUAAGUUUUUUUUACACCUUUAUUUGUAAAUGAAGGGCUGAAAUAAAUUAUAUUUUAAG